UUAGGUUUUUCAAUUUCUCUUCACACAAUGAAGCUCACAACUUCCAGUUUCUGUCUUCUUUCUUUCUUCGUCUUCCUCAUCACAUUACCGCAUUUCUCUUCCUCGAAGCCAAUGAAUUGCUCCGACACCUCUCGUCUCUGUACUUCCUUCCUCGCUUUCAAGCCGAACCCAAACCGAACCUUCUCCGUAAUCCAAAGCAUGUUCGACGUAUUACCGGCGGACAUAACCGCCGAUCUCACCGGAGACGACGGCGGUUACAUCUUCGUGAGGAAGAACUGUUCUUGUCUCAGCACGACUCACCAAUACGCAACGAACACGACAUUCACAAUCACACAAAACCGCGGAUACGUCUACGAUGCCGUGGUCUCUGCUUACUCUGGUCUCGCGUUUCCACCAAACAACAGUAGAGCAGCUCGUGCCGCCUCGGUGGUCUCUGUGCAGCUUCUCUGCGGUUGCUCGAGCGGUCUCUGGAACUACCUUAUGAGCUACGUGGCGGUCUCUGGAGAGAGUGUUCAAUCGCUCUCGAGCCGAUUCGGUGUUAGUAUGGAUCGAAUCGAACAAGUCAACGGAAUCUCGAAUCCUGAUAAUAUCACAACCGGAGAUCUCAUUUACAUCCCUCUUGAUUCCGUACCUGGAGAGCCUUAUGAGGCGAAGAAGAUAAACCCUCCUGCUCCUUCUCCUGCGCCUGGAUUAACCAAUAGCAACAUCUCAGCUGACCAGGUGAAUCACACUGCAAAGGGUAGUCAUGUGCCUUAUAUAUGGAUUGUUGGUGGUCUUGGAGUUGUGCUUGCGCUUCUUGUGAUGUGUAUACUUGUGUGCAUCUGCGUGAGAGCAUCUAGCUGCGGUUCCACUGAUGGAGACAGUGGUGGACACAACUUCCAAAUCCUCAGGAAGUCCGGUUUCUUCUGCGGUUCUGGUCGGUAUAACUGCUGCAGAUCCGGGGAUUUCAGACAGAACAACGGUGAAACUCAGAGCCAUCAUCAAGUUGUUGCUAUUCCUAAAGCUCUUGGUGACGGAAUGUUUGAGAUAGAGAAGCCUAUGGUGUUCACUUACGAAGAGAUCCGUGCGGCUACGGAUGGGUUUUCUGAUUCUAAUCUUCUUGGUCAUGGAAAUUAUGGUUCAGUAUACUUUGGUCUACUUAGAGAACAGGAAGUUGCUGUCAAAAGGAUGACUGCUACAAAAACUAAAGAGUUUGCAGCAGAGAUGAAAGUUCUCUGCAAAGUUCAUCAUUCCAAUUUGGUAGAGUUGAUUGGUUACGCUGCAACCAAUGAGGAGCUUUUCGUAGUGUAUGAAUAUGUCCAAAAGGGAAUGCUGAAGAACCAUUUGCAUGAUCCUCAGAGCAAAGGCAAUACUCCACUAUAUCUAAGUGACGGUCUUGCUACUUCGAAAAGCGAUGUUUAUGCCUUUGGUGUUGUUCUCUUUGAGAUUAUUUCUGGAAGAGAAGCCGUUAUAAGAACAGAGGCAAUGGGAACUAAGAAUCCAGAAAGACGUCCAUUGGCAUCUACUAUGUUAAUAGCUCUUAAGAACUCACCAGACUCUAUGAACAUGUCGAGUCUGAAGGAGUUUGUGGAUCCCAACAUGAUGGAUUUAUACCCACACGACUGUUUAUUCAAGACUGCUAUGUUGGCGAAGCAAUGCGUAGAUGAUGAUCCGAUUCUUAGACCAAACAUGAAGCAAGUGGUUAUAUCGCUCUCGCAGAUACUCUUGUCUUCCAUUGAAUGGGAGGCAACUCUUGCUGGAAACAGCCAAGUUUUUAGUGGUCUUGUCCAAGGAAGAUAA